AAAUGAGUCCCGAAGCCUUCAUCUCUUAUCUCGUUAUUUCGUGGCGCCACUAACCGCGUCGCCUAGCAACGCCACCACAACUCUCACCGGGUAGCUUGACAGCUGGGACUUUGAGGCCAAGCCGAGUCAAGAGGACCGGGGAUCAGGAAGCACCCGUGCUGUUUAAUGGUCUGAUACGUCCUGCGUUUACAAUGCAAAGGAUAGGCCUCAGCAGUGAUGCGGCAACAGCAGUAGACGAAUACCUGCUCUACAGGAGGAUUGUAGGGGAGGAUGAUGGGGGAAAGCUAUUUACUCCUGAAGAAUAUGAAGAGUACAAGAAGAAAGUAUUACCAGCUCGACUGAUGAAUAGAUUGUAUGUUUCCUGGGGUGUUCCAUCAGGAAUGGAUUGUAAACUUGUUGGACCAGAGACACCCUGCUUCUGCAAUCACAGAUACAAACAGCAUAAAACUGACUUUGAAGAGAUUCCAAAAGAUCGUCCAGUUUUGCUUCCUUGCCGGGUGCGAGGUUGUCAGUGUGCGUCUUACAUCUUCGUGCCACAAAAUGGUUCACAGACAGUACGAUGUAGGUGUAAGCACUUUCCUCAUGAACACAGUGAGACAGGAGGCUACAAAUGCAAAAAAUGUUCAAAUUGCACUGGAUUUCAUAGCCCAUUUACUUGUGGUUGUGGCCAACCUGCCUCUGCUCAUGAGACACUUAUUGAGACGAGAGAAGAACGUUUGGCUCGUGGCAGACCGGUGGGCAAAAGUGUUCCUUAUGCUGCAAUGGGUGGACUGACAGGGUUCAGCUCUUUGGCUGAAGGAUACAUGAGACUUGAUGACAGUGGCGUUGGAGCCCCAUCCAUGGACCUUCUUGACACACCAGGAGGAGCUAUAGACAACAUGUUCAUUCAGACGUUUAAUGGACAGAAUCCUCUUACAUGUGAAGGUAAAAACUUAGAUACAAAGGCACAGGAAACUGUCUGCAGGCGUAUAUCUGAAGAAGAAGAUAUGGCUUUCUUUGAAAGACGAUACCAAGAAAGGCUGAAAAUGGAGAAAAUGGCAAAACAGCAAAAGGCUUCUAAUUUCAAAGGAAAAUUGCCUAACAGAGUUACUUCUCAGCCAAAGAAGUAAAUUUUAUUAAACUUCCCAAGAUGGAUAUGAAGUCUGCUUUUAUUUCCAUUUGAAGAAUAAUUAAUUUGCUGUUUACUCAACAACUUUGACAUUAGUUUUCAUUUUGUGAUAUUUUGCUUCUUGAUAUCCCUUGGUAAUUUCAAUUUCCCUCACCGUAAUUUUCUUGUUCACAAAGUACAUAAAAUAAAACCUGUUUAGUAUUUUUCUAUGGGAAGCAUUUUCAUAUUUUCAUUUUAGAUGUGUUUAUAGCUAAGACAACUUUUUAGAAACAGUUUCACAGGGAAGAAGUUGGAUUGGUAUUCUUGAAUAUCAUCGGUUACACUUAAUAUGUUUGCCCAUUUAACCAUUUAUUUAAACCCUUUUUCUAUGUUAAUUUAAUUUCAUAUUGUUUUCUUGCCAGAACUAUUUGUGGUAAUAAUAAUAAUAUUAUCAAGAACCCUAAUAAAUGUGUACUGUUUAAAAUUGUAA